AUGGCAGCCGCCUCAGUGAAGGUGGCGGUCCGGGUUCGCCCUUUCAACUCCAGGGAGAUCGGCAAAGAGAGCAAAUGCAUCAUCCAAAUGUCUGGAAACACCACGACCAUCGUCAACCCCAAACAGGCCAAAGACAACAAGAGCUUCAACUUUGAUUACUCCUACUGGUCCCACACAACGCCAGAGGACGAGAAUUAUGCCUCUCAGAUGCUGGUGUACAAAGACAUCGGGGAGGAGAUGCUGCUUCAUGCUUUUGAAGGGUACAACGUUUGCAUCUUUGCCUAUGGUCAGACAGGAGCAGGGAAGUCCUACACCAUGAUGGGCAAACAAGACGUCAAAGAUCAGCAAGGAAUCAUCCCCCUGAUGUGUGAAGAUCUUUUCAGUAAAAUAAACGAAAACACAGACAACAGCGUGUCUUACUCGGUUGAGGUGAGCUACAUGGAGAUCUACUGUGAGCGCGUGCGGGAUCUUUUAAACCCCAAAAACAAAGGGAACCUGCGUGUGAGAGAGCAUCCUCUGCUGGGACCCUAUGUGGAGGAUCUGUCCAAACUCGCUGUCACCUCCUACAACGACAUCCAGGACCUGAUGGACUCCGGCAACAAGGCCAGAACGGUGGCGGCCACAAACAUGAAUGAAACCAGCAGUCGCUCUCACGCCGUCUUCAACAUCAUCUUCACACAGAAACGCCAUGAUGCAGACACUGAGAAUGUGUCAGAAAAGCGAGAAGAGCCGAACUCGAUCCUGGUGCAAAAGCGAACCAGGCUUAAGGAAGGAGCAAACAUCAACAAAUCUCUCACCACUUUGGGAAAAGUCAUCUCCGCGCUGGCAGAAGUGGACUCUGGGUCAAAUAAGAAUAAAAAGAAGAAAAAGGUGGAAAGUUUUAUUCCUUACAGAGAUUCAGUACUAACAUGGCUGCUCAGAGAGAACCUUGGUGGAAAUUCUCGCACAGCGAUGGUGGCAGCUCUGAGCCCUGCUGACAUAAACUACGAUGAAACGCUUAGCACUCUCAGAUACGCAGAUCGAGCCAAACAGAUCCGCUGUAACGCCGUCAUCAACGAGGAUCCAAGCAACCGUAUUGUGCGUGAGCUGAAGGAGGAAGUGUCGCGCCUCAAAGACCUUCUCUACGCUCAGGGCCUGGGCGACAUCAUCGAGAUGACUAAUGCUAUGACCGGGAUGAGCCCUUCUCCAUCUCUGUCCGCACUGUCGAGCCGAGUCGGGUCCAUCGCCAGCCUCCACGACCGCAUCAUGUUCAGCCCUGGAAGUGAGGAGGCCAUAGAGAGGCUAAAGGAAACAGAGAAAAUCAUAGCAGAACUCAAUGAGACCUGGGAGGAGAAACUCCGCAGAACAGAAGCCAUCAGAAUGGAACGAGAAGCUUUGCUAGCAGAGAUGGGCGUGGCAAUGCGAGAAGAUGGGGGAACACUGGGAGUAUUUUCACCUAAAAAGACUCCACAUCUGGUGAACCUGAAUGAAGACCCUUUGAUGUCUGAAUGCCUCCUUUACUACAUUAAAGACGGAACCACCAGAGUUGGGCGUGAAGAUGCCGUCAGCCGCCAGGACAUCGUUCUCAGCGGCCACUUCAUCAAAGACGAGCACUGCACCUUCACCAGCUCAUCAGAGGGCAGCGGGGAAACUGUGAUACUAGAGCCGUGUGAUGGAGCAGAGAUCUACGUGAAUGGGAAGAGAGUCACAGAGGCCACUGUUCUUAAAUCAGGAAACCGCAUUAUUCUGGGUAAGAGCCACGUCUUUCGGUUUAACCAUCCGGUGCAGGCGCGGGCCGAGAGAGAGCGGACGCCUUGUGCAGAAACGCCUGUGGAGCCAGUGGACUGGGCCUUCGCUCAGAGAGAGCUGCUGGACAAACAGGGCAUCGACAUGAAGCAGGAGAUGGACCAGAGGCUGCAGGAGCUGGAGGAGCAGUAUCGCAAAGAAAGAGAAGAGACCAACAACCUCCUGGAGCAACAAAGACUGGAUUAUGAGAGUAAACUGGAGGCUCUUCAAAAACAAGUGGCCCGUUGCAACCCAGAUGCUGUGGAAGAAGAGGAGGAGCCAGAGGAAGAAGUUCAAUGGACAGAGAAAGAGCGAGAGUUGGCGUUGUGGAGUUUCCGGAAGUGGAGGUCUUACCAAUUCACUUCUCUGCGAGACCUUCUGUGGGGAAAUGCCAUUUUCUUGAAAGAAGCCAAUGCUAUCAGUGUGGAGCUCAAGAAAAAGGUGCAGUUUCAGUUUGUGCUGCUGACCGACUCGCUAUAUUCGCCGUUGCCUCCGGAUUUCUUGCCCCCAGAGUUGGAUGUGGACAGAGAGAAGCACCAGUUCCCACGCACCAUUGUGGCCGUGGAGGUGCAGGACCAGAAGAACGGAGCCACACAUCACUGGACCCUGGAGAAACUCAGGCAAAGGCUUGACCUGAUGCGAGACAUGUACGACCGCGCAGCUGAAGUGCCGAACACUUCCACGGAGGAGAGUGAAACCGUGAUGACCGGAGGAGACCCCUUUUACGACCGCUUCCCCUGGUUCAGGCUCGUUGGCAGAAACCCCCUGUUCCACACAUGCAUGAGCAAGCGCAUGAGCGACCCCACCCCGUCCCCCACCCCGUCCACCUCCGAGGUCACCGAGCUGGCCGACGGGCGCGGGGCGGAGGAGGCGGAGUUGGAGGACGAUCUGGACCAGGACAUAUUUUUGGAUGAUUCUUGCUUGGAGCUGGAGGAUGAUGAUGAUGAUGGUGGUGGUGGUGGUGAAGAGGAGAGGGGUGUGUGCCGUGGCUCCUGCGAAGGCCUGGACCCCUUUUACGACCGCGCACCAUUGUUCAGUGUAGUGGGCAGGGCUUUUGUUUAUCUCAGUAACCUCCUUUACCCUGUUCCUCUGGUCCAUCGUGUGGCCGUUGUGAAUGAGAGAGGAGAAGUCAAGGGGUUUCUGAGAGUAGCAGUGCAGGCCAUAUCAGCCGAUGAAGAGGCCCCAGACUACGGCUCUGGAGUGAGGCAGUCCGGCACCGCCAAGAUCUCCUUCGAGGACCAGCAGUACGAGAGGUUCCAGUCUGAGUCCUGCUCUGGGGGCCUGUCCCGUAAAGCCAUGUCCCAGGAGGAGCUGCGUAUCGUGGAGGGGGAGGGCCAGAGCUCCGAGCUGGGACCAUCAGCUGAUGAAAUGAACAACAACACAUCUGAUGGAGAUGACGACAGCCCCGUGAAGCCUGGAGUAGAAGACACCAGCUUGGAGCAUCUUCAGGUGGGGAACAUGUUCACGUUCAGGGUCACGGUCCUCCAGGCCUCCAGCAUCUCUGCCGAGUACGCCGACAUCUUCUGCCAGUUCAAUUUCAUCCAUCGCCAUGAUGAAGCCUUUUCAACCGAGCCCCUAAAAAACACAGGCCGUGGUCCUCCCCUCGGCUUUUACCACGUUCAGAAUAUUGCUGUUGAAGUCACCAAAUCAUUCGUGGACUACAUCAAGACUCAGCCAAUCGUGUUUGAGGUGUUUGGACACUACCAGAAGCAGCCUUUCCUCCCGCUCUGCAAAGAUGUCUUAAGCCCUCUCCGGCCCUGCAGGCGACAGUUCCCUCAGGUUAUGCCUCUUUCUAAACCUGCAGACUCUGAGAGCUGUCCGGACCGUGAGAAAACCCUGGACUUGAUCCGGUACCUGGUCCCGGACGUGUUGAACGGGGCCUUAGUGGACUCUCUGUCGGGACACGCCCUCUCGGCAGCCGGUCUCGCAGCAUCUUUCAUCGUAGAGGCACAAGAACGCGCUCAGCUCCCCGCUCCACCCAUCUCUAUCUGUUCAGUUAUUAAAGCGCAGACGCCUGUCCCGGCCACAAAGCUGUCCGCCCUCACCCGCCCCCAGUCCGGACCCUGUCACAGCAAAUAUGACCUGAUGGUUUUCUUUGAGAUCUGUGAACUGGAAGCGAAUGGAGAUUACAUUCCCGCUGUGGUGGAUCACAGAGGAGGGAUGCCCUGUCACGGCACUUUCCUUCUUCACCAGGGCCUGCAGAGAAGAAUCGCAGUCACUAUAGUUCACGAGUCCACAGGCGACAUCGAAUGGAGAGAUAUCAGAGAGCUUGUAGUAGGACGUCUCCGGACCACACAAGAAUCAGACGAGACAAUCCUCGACCCCAAUAUUCUAUCCCUCAACAUUCUCUCUGCUGGAUAUGUCCGGCCAUUGCCAGAGGACAGACAGUUUCUUGAUUCGGACAUGCCUAGGACGUUUUAUCGCUUUGAGGCAGCGUGGGACAGCUCCAUGCACAACUCGCUGCUGCUGAACCGGGUUACUCCGAAUGGGGAGAAGAUCUACAUGACCUUAUCGGCCUAUUUGGAGAUGGAGAACUGCAAUCAGCCUGCAGUGGUGACCAAAGAUGUCUGUAUGGUUUUCUACUCCCGCGACGCCAAGCUCUCAGCCUCACGCUCCAUCCGCAACCUGUUUGGGACGGGCAGCCUCCGAGCCGCAGACGGGAAUCGAAUAACUGGAGUCUACGAAGCUAGUCUUUGUAACUUGGCAGAUAUUGGAAGUCCAGGGAUGCAGCGGAGGAGGCGCCGGGUGCUGGACACCUCAGUGGCGUACGUCCGUGGAGAGGAGAACCUGGCCGGGUGGAGGCCGCGCAGUGAUAGCCUCAUCCUGGAGCAUCAGUGGGAGCUGGAGAAGCUCAGCCUCCUGCAAGACGUGGAGAAGACAAAGCAUUUCCUUCUGUUGAGGGAGAAGCUUGAGUCCAGCCUCCAGUCGGGACCAGACCCGGUUCAGUGCUGUUUGUCUGAGGAGCUGUGCGAGACCCCACCGGCCUCAGAUUACGAGGCCCAGUACUCCUCCGAGAUCACCACCGACAGGCAGAGGGAGCUGGCAGAGAGGUGCUUACGGCUGCUCAUGCACUCGUUCAAUAGAGAAUAUACCCACGUCUGUAUCAGCGCCAGUGACAGCAAGAUCUCAGAGAUGUCCGUCACUAGUCUCAAAGAUUCCCCUUCAGUGUCUUCAUUCAACACGAUCGCCCCCUCCACGACUUGCCCUUCACUGGUGGAGGGCUGCUAUGGACCCACUGAUCUCAGACCCCCCACGCCUCGCUCUGCUGCAGUCAGUCCCAGUGCCGACGCAGAGGAGAGGAAGCCCCACAGCGCCCCCUCUGACACAAAACCACGUAUCAGACGAUUCUGUCCAGACAUCCAGGAGAUCAGAGUCAGUCCCAUCGUGUCAAAGAAGGGUUACUUGAACUUCCUGGAGCCACAUACGAACGGGUGGAUAAAGCGUUUUGUGGUGGUGCGGAGGCCUUACGUCUACAUCUACAACUCGGACAGAGACGGAGUGGAGCGGGCCAUCCUCAACCUCUCCUCUGCACAGGUGGAAUACAGCGAGGACCAGCAGGCCAUGCUCAAGACCCCGAACACUUUUGCUGUGUGCACAGAACAUCGAGGAAUCUUGCUUCAAGCCAACAGUGAGAAGGACAUGCACGACUGGCUCUACGCUUUCAACCCACUCCUCGCAGGAACUAUCAGGUCAAAACUGUCGAGAAGAAGAGUUGGGCAGAUGAGGAUGUGA